AUAAACUAAAAAAGUUUUACGAUGUUACAUUCUAUAAAAUUAAAGUUAUUAUAAAUUGAAAAAAAUAUGAAUUAACUUAAAAAAUUAUAAGUCAAUUUGAGUCUCAAUUUCUUACGAAGUAGCUUGACAUAGUGUUGUCACUUGAUUAAUUUACUAAUAUUUUUUACAUAAUGCACUUGUCAUUUUGUACUCAGAAUUUGUUUUUUCUAUUUUUUGUCUUUCGACAAGGACUUAGUUAUUACUUAACAGUUGAUGCUCAACAUGAAGAAUGUUUUUUUGAAAAGGUUUCAUUAGGAAGUGUAAUGACUUUGACGUAUGAAGUUUCUGAAGGAGGAUUCUUAGAUAUUGAUGUUACAGUAGUGGAUCCAGAUGGAAAAAUGAUUCACGAUCAGUCGGGUGAGUCGAGUGGAAAGUUUUCUAUAAAUACUGCGAAAACAGGAUCGUACAAAUAUUGUUUUAGUAAUAUAUUUUCUACUAAAACAUCCAAAGUUUUACUAUUCAAUAUGGAAGUUGUUGAACCAGAAAAUGAAGACGUUGACACUGAAAAAAAAGAUAAACAUCCAAUUUUAACUACUAUUGGUGAAGAGGAAAAGAAAAUUGCAUCUAUGUUGAGAAUGUUACGGGGUGGAUUGACUAGAGCAAAAUACGAACAGCAGUAUUUGAAUAUAAGAGAUAAAAUGCAUAGAAGUAUAAACGAAUCUACGAAUACCCGACUUGUAAUUUGGGCUUUUCUUCAAGCAUUUUUUUUGUUAUCAAUGACAGUGGGUCAAAUCUAUUAUAUUAAACGAUUUUUCGAAGUUAGUCGAGUAGUUUAAAAUUUUUUAAGUAUUAUAUAUGAUCAUACAUUAAUGAGAUAAUUUUAAAUUUGUAUACAAUUGUUAAUUUUAUAACUUAAUUGCUUAAUAAAAUGUUUAAACUUCAA